AUGUCGGUCCUUCUGCGGGCUGCUGCCCGCUCGACAACCUUUGCAGGAACCUUUCCGACGGAAUGCGCUUCUCUGGUGCGGGGGCAGCGCCUCACUUCUAGGCCUUGGAACCGAUAUGGAGGCUAUGCAAUUGGCCACAGGACCAUCGUGACUCGAAGCCCGGCAGAGAAAAGACGGUUUCGAUUCCGCAGGUCCUGGUCAUCGAUUGUUGUCGGGACUGGUAUACUUACAUACACUCUCUAUCCUUGGGGAGACAGUGGACAAGCCCGUCAACUAGCAACAGAUCAAAAACGAAGGAGAAAAUACUCAGCUCAUGAAGCUGAUUCUCACAAGGAGACGACUGAGGCGAGUCAAUCGGGGUCGGGUGCCUGGUUCAACUUUGCCGGAAGCUUUGAGGGCCUCUCCACAGGACUGUCAAAAGUAGCAGACGUGGAUUGGGGUACCGACAAGGUCUUGGAUUAUAUCAUACCAGACUACUUCAGAUUGGUCCCUGGGUAUCUCCGUAAGCUGCAGCGCGAACUUUCCAUGUCGCCCGGCUCGCUCGCCAAUGAAAUAUGGGAGGAGGCGCAUGACCCUUCGACACAUCCCGAGAUUCGUUAUGCUGCCAAGGUUCGAGUCUCGACGGACCUGUGUGAGGAGGAACAGGUAUUUCGUGAGCAUAGGAGGAUGGUGACCAGGGUAGCGCUUGCGAGGUACCUGGGUCUUAAAGAAGAGGACAUUAACCCAGAAGACGUCCCCGUCAUCGGCAUGUGUGGCAGCGGCGGAGGAUUGAGGGCAUUAGUAGCAGGUGCCGGAUCUAUGAGUGCUGCUGCCGAUGAUGGGCUGUUUGACUGCGUCACAUAUACCGCCGGCGUCAGUGGUUCCUGUUGGCUCCAGAGCCUCUACUAUUCCUCGUUGACAAACUGCAACCUCGACAAAUUGAUCAACCAUCUCAAAGCCCGCCUGGGGGUUCAUAUUGCGUUCCCUCCGGCAGCCUUUCAAGCUCUUGUCUCGGCUCCUACCAACAAGUCUCUUCUCAGCGGUCUGGUGGAAAAAUUGAAGGGCGACCCGAAUGCAGACUUUGGCUUGGUGGACGUGUAUGGAAUCCUGUUAGCAGCUAGGCUCCUGGUUCCUAAAGGCGAACUCGGUGUUGAUGAUCACAACUACAAACUUUCCAACCAGCGCAAGUAUAUACAGUCCGGCGCGAAUCCCAUGCCUAUAUACACAGCAGUGCGCCACGAAAUCCCUGGUGUGGAUGAUGGAUCGCCCAACGAGGUCCCCACAGCGACCGAGGAGCAGAAGGAGCAAGCAAAGCAGGAGGCUUGGUUCCAGUGGUUCGAGAUCAGCCCUUAUGAAUUCUUUUGCGAAGAGUUUGAGGCUGGCAUCCCAACAUGGGCCAUGGGCAGAAGGUUCCAGGAUGGAAAGGACGUGCCAUUGCCUGGGGGCUUUCAUCUACCAGAGAUCCGCAUGCCCCUGCUUCUUGGGAUGUUUGGCAGCGCGUUUUGCGCCACACUGAGUCACUACUAUCGAGAGAUACGACCACUUGUACAGAACUUGUCAGGGUGGAUUGGUUUCGACGAGUUGAUUACGGGCCGUAACGAGGACCUCAGCAAGGUACACCCGAUCGACCCCACAGCCCUGCCGAAUCCCGUGUACCAGAUGAAUGGCAAGCUGCCAAAGACUACGCCGCAGAGUGUAAUCCACAGCGAAUACAUCAAACUCAUGGACGCCGGCAUGUCCAACAACUUACCAAUCUAUCCGCUCCUCCGCCCCGGACGCGAGGUUGAAAUCGUUAUUGCCUUCGACGCGUCUGCGGAUAUCAAGACAGACAACUGGCUUUCAGUUGCGGACGGAUACGCUCGUCAGAGAGGUAUUAAGGGCUGGCCUGUAGGCAUCGGUUGGCCCAAGGAGACAGACCCGACAGAGGACACGGUGAAGCAGCUGGAAGACGCCAGAGCCGAGUCGCAAGUCGAGGCUGAUCAAAAGCUUCAGCUAGCGCAAACCGAACAAAGCCUGGCAGAAUCAGAGCAAUCAGGCGAGAAUAAAGACACAGCAAAGGGUAAAGAUGGCCAAGUUAAAAAUAAGUAUGAACGAGCCGCCGAGAGUCUGGGCUACUGUACCGUGUGGGUCGGCACCACCGAGGAACGCGAGACAGAGCCACCACCACCCCUAAAGACAGCCGAAGAGACGGAAAAGUGGAGGCUGAUGGAACCCGGGGCGGGCAUUGCGGUAGUGUACCUUCCGUUUGUGGCCAACGACAAGGUCGAGGGCGUCGACCCGGCUACCAGUGACUACAUGAGCACCUGGAACUUUGUCUACACCCCUGAGCAGGUGGACAAGGUUGUGUCCCUGGCCAAGGCAAACUACGGCGAGGGUAGGGAUCAGAUCAAGGCGACUGUGAGGGCCGUUUACGAGCGGAAGAAGAUGAUGCGUGAGAAGAGAGAGGAGCAGACUCGGAAGGAACACUACCGGCGACUUGUUAGGUUGGGAAUUGCUGAUAAACUAGGGGAGGGCGAUCACUUUAGUUGA